AUGGCAGCUGAUCUGGAUGUAGAGGAAUUGUUGAUCAUGGGGGAUUCUGAUUUGAUCAUUCAGCAAGCCCACGGUGAAUGGGAAACUCGAGAUAUCAAACUUAUCCCAUACAAGCAACAUGUGAAAGAUCUUAGUAAACGGUUCAAGUCCGUCGAGUUCAGGUAUAUUCCUCGAUUCCACAAUGAGCUAGCUGAUGCACUAGCUACUCUGGCCUCAAUGCUUCCAUACCCGGGUAAUGUUCAUAUUGACCCGUUGGAAAUCCAAAUUCGAGAAAGGCAUGGUUAUUGUAACGCAAUUGAAAUAGAGCCAGAUAUUCAUCCAUGUUAUCGUUCCGAAAACUGGCUAGCCCGCGCAAUUUUUACUUGA